AUGAACCGAUUUUGGAACUCUCGUCUUUCGUUCUUUGCUUCGCGCGAAAUACAAAUACUUUUAAAUUCUCGUAGUUAUGCUACUUCUACGGAAUCUAGUUCUCAUCGAUUUCCUAAGGAAGGAUUUGGGGCUCCCAUUUGGAGAAGAACAAUAGGCGUCUUUAUACUAGGAUUUGCAUGGUAUCAGGCCGAUCGUUACUUUGUGAAAGAUGGCGAGAAACAUCCAGUAACAAAAUGGAUUGAAAAUUUGAUGAUACCAGAAUCAGAGUAUAAGAGACGUAAUUUAGAGCAUCUCUAUCUGUCAGCUGAAGCUUCUAAGGAUAAGAUUCUUUUCGGUGAGGCUGAAUGGCCUCCAAUUUAUCGACUUAGAUAUCCAGAACAAUUUGAGAAGGCUAGUUCGCAUUGUAUUGAACCUGGAACAGAAAUAGAUUUGUCGGAUUUAGUAGUUAGACAAGAUUAA